AUGGAAAACAAAAAACCCAAAGAGAAGCGAAGAAAUUCCGAGAGACGAAAAGAAAAAUCAAGAGAUGCGGCUCGAUCUAGACGUAGUAAAGAAACCGAGAUAUUUACAGAUCUCGGAUCAGCAUUACCUUUACCAGCAUCCGUUAUUAGUCAGCUAGAUAAGGCAACUGUUAUGCGAUUGACUAUUGCAUCUUUCAAAAUUAUGGACGCUUUAUCAUCAACAAAUAUCGAUGUAAAACCCGAUGAAAAAGAUUGCCCUCUAAAUAUGAGUGGGAUAUGCAACAAAGCAUUGGAUGGCAUUGUCUUAAUUACUACAGCUGAUGGAGAUAUAAUAUUCAUAUCCGAAAAUAUUUCAAGCUACUUAGGAUUGUCACAGAUCGAUUUGAUCGGACAGUCAAUUUAUGAGUUUGCCCAUCUUUGUGACCAAGCCGAAUUGAAAGACAUUUUAACCAGCAAAGACAUAGGUGAACAAAAGUCGUUUUUUGUUCGAAUGAAAUGCACUCUGACCAAUAAAGGGCGCAAUGUAAAUUUGAAAUCAGCAUCAUAUAAGGUGCUGCAUUUUACGGGACAUUCAGUUAUCAAUACGUGUGCCAAAAUAAAAUCAUCGGUUUUAUCAGAUGGAGAAUCUGAUUCAGACUAUGAAUCAGAUAAAAAAACAGAUUCUGAUAGUAAAUCUAAUAAUAGUGAUUUAAAAUUUGAAAAAUCGGCUGAUUCUCCAUCUCAUAUAUUUGUGUCGAUUGCUGAACCAAUACCACAUCCUGCAAAUAUUGAGAUACCAUUGUAUAAACAGAGCAAGAUUUUUUUCAGCAAGCAUUCAUUGGAUAUGAAAUAUAUAAUAGCCGAUGAUGUUAUAACAAACUAUGUGGGUUAUGAACCAGAUUUAUUAGUUGGAAAGUCUGUGUUUGAUUAUUACCAUGCUCAAGAUUGUAAUUCGGUUGAAAAAAGUUUUAAAAUAUUAUUCGAAAAAGGACAGGUAGAGACAAACAAGUACCGAUUUUUGUCAAAAGGAGGUGGUUAUGUUUGGAUAAUUACACAAGCUACCAUAUUAAAUGAUCACAAGGGUCUAAAACCUGAGAGCAUUAUGUGUAUUAAUUACGUCAUCAGUAGCGUGGAACACGGCGACGAGAUCUACUCACUUUGCCAGCUAUCGCCUGUCGUCAGCAAGCCCGUUGUCCAGGACAAACCUUUGUCGCUUCAGCCUCCACCGCAGCGGCAGCAGAAACAGGAACAGCCGAAGCAACCAGCCGUGGUCAAGAGACCGUCGUCCACGGACAAAGUGUUCAAGCCCAAGUGCCUGGUGGACUCGGCCACGUUCUUAUUACCGGCCGGCAAUGGGCCAGUUUACUUGGACGUGAACGGCGACGGGAAGCCGAGAACCGCACUGCAGCCGGCCACGUCCACGGCCAGCGUCAUCAAGAAGAAGCCCGAACCGUGUUCGGAAAGCCCGAAAGCCACCACGGCCAAGAUUUUCGCCCCACGGACCGAAGAUAUGAACAAGGGGUUCCUGACGUUUUCGGACGACGACACGGGACUGACCAUGCUCAAAGACGAACCGGAAGACUUGACUCACUUGGCCCCAACGGCCGGUGACGUGUGUGUGCCGCUGGACACUUGCGGUCUCGGGCAUCUGGGUCUGUUCAUGUCCGAUGUGCUCGACGACCUCAUACUCACCGACUGUUCGCUGGCGCCGUUCGACUCAAUGCCGGCGCCACCAUCGUUGCAUGACGCGUACUCGUCGGCAUCCCGGUCGUCACCUUCGGUGCACCACCUACACCACCACCACCUCCACCAUGGCAGCGACGACCUGUCGCAGCACGCCGUCGCCGACCUGUGCGACCCUACCAUGUCCUCGCUGCUGGGCAUGGACCUAGAAAACAGCCCUAACGACCUGGACCUGGACUUGUCGCUUAAAAACCAGUUCAUACCACUGUACGAGGACGACCUGUAUCCGCUGUUGUCGGACGACCUGCUAUGGGGAAGCGGCGAUAGGUCGCCAUCGCCCAAACCACCGUCGGCCGCGACCAACCGCCACGACGGCAGCAACAACAACAACUGGCAUUUACCGACGACGGAAGACGACGUCGGGCAAAACGCAAUCGACAGAGACGAGCCGCCGUCUCCAAGUCUGGCCAAGUUACUGCAGAAGACCGACACUGACGCGCUGCCUUGCAGACAGCAGCACUUCGACAGCGGCGGCGGCCUCCUGCACAUGGACGGCGGUGACUCGUGGGGAUCGAUCAGCAAAAUGUUACAUCAGCGGUACAACUCGGGCGGUUCCUCCUCGGUCGAACCGACGGCUGUGACAGAUCACCGCCACAACUCUCUACGGCAACCGCAGCAACAGCAACAACAGCAACACUCGGACUGCAACGGGUCGGCGGGAGGCGCCAGAGCCAACGGCGGCGGCGUCAAGCGGACCGGGCCGAACGCCACCGCGGCCGCGGCGCCGUCGUCGUGGAAACGGUGCCGGCAAGAGGAGACGGCCAAACAGGGCGCAUCCAACAGCGUGCUGAUGAACCUGCUGGUCAGCGGUUGCGACGACGACGCGGGAAAAUCGAUGGCCGGCAAGAACUCGAUGGUGAAAGACGGUUCGCAGCCUAGGCACCGGUCAAGGCUAAAGGCGGUCUCGUGCCUGUUGGACCCGUGCAGCGCGGCCAUACCGUCACUGAUGGACCUGACGGCGCAUGACUACGACGUGAACGCGCCGGCGGGUGGCGCACUGCUCCAGGGAUCAGAACUUCUGAAGGCCCUGGAAAUCGGAGGAGGAGGUGGCGGUAACAUGGCCGCUGCAUAG